AUGGACAAACAAACAAAAAAUAAACACCCGGAACUUCUGGCUGGAUUUGUACUAGAAGCCCUAGACAGAAAAAGUGGAUUAUUACAACAUAUCUACAGAGAUCCUCGAAAACAUGGGGAGGAAAUUUAUCAUUGGAGUAUAAAGGGUGUUCUUGCUGAUCAUGUGCAGAUUUAUUUGACAAAAGUUGAAGUUAUAACACUGUGUGAAGUUGAACUUUUUGGAGAUAACAAGUGUGAACACCAAUAUUUUGGUCUAGAAUGCAACAGAAUAUGUAAUUGUAGAAAUGUCAAGGAUUCCUGUAUGCCAUCUACUGGGGCAUGUCCAUCAGGUUGUGCUGUGGGAUACAAAGGAGAGGAUUGUAGCUUAAAAGUUCCGUGUGAUCCACCGCCUAUUAUAACCAAUGGCCACUGGAGCUCUUGCCUCCAUGAAUUUGAAGGUGUUUGCUUAAUGUUAUGUAAUACUGGCUACAAAGUUCAAGAUAUUUCUUCUUUUGAUGGUUGUAUGGAGGACUGGUAUGGUCCUCAUUGCCUUUACAAAGCCGAAAAUUGUUCCGAAGCUAAUAAUAUUCAAAUGAAGUUUAUCGAUGAACUAUAUUUUAAAUCUGUAAUGAUCAGGUUCCAAGAAAAGAGCACCCUUGUCAAUGUAACUGUCUCAUUGAAAUCAUUGGAUGGAAUCAUAAUAAAAUGUGAAAAGAUAUUGACCUACUGGAUCGAUAGUUUUACUAUGGGGAUCGAUUGUGUCAAAGAUAGAUUUGUGACUGAAAUAAACAUAAACUUUACUUCAUUUGUUUCCGUUUGUCAAGUCAGAUUAAACGGCGGAAGAAAUGUUAUAAAAGAGUCACGCAUAGAAAUUCAUUCGAAUGGCCUACGUAUUCCGCUGAAUAAUACAGACUUGCUAGGGGUGUUCGAUAAUGAAGAAGAAGACAUCGAUUGUUUCACCAUUAUUAAACCAGGGCAAGAGAUCAUUUGGGAAUCUAACUUUGAUUGGCCGAGAGUAAUAUUUCAAAUUUUAAUUUUUACCACUGGAAAUUUGAACACAUCAAUGCACAAAUUUAAAGUCGAACUGUACAACGAUGAACAUGAAUUAGUAUUUGCAGCUGCAAUCGACAAGUUUUCUAUACCUUAUACGUUAAAUAUUGAAAGAAUUGAAAUGAUCACGAAAAUUGUCCUCAUUGCAAGCGAGAUUAUGGCACUGUGUGAAUUACAAGCCUUUGGUGAUUGCACGAAUCGUAGAUACGGCAUAAACUGUAACCAUAUAUGUAUGACGACCUGCAAAAACCAAGAGUGCCAGUUUACAGGUGUUUGCAAAUUGUGUGUUCCUGGACGAUCUGGGGACUAUUGUCUAUAUUCAAACACAACACAUAAGUUGCCAAACAAUACGGAUGAGAACUUUAAGAUACAACCACUGUUUUACUCCGAGCAACAAACCAGUUCACUGUCAUGGGAGGAGCUUUUCGUUAUCAUUUUGGUCUUCAUGCUUUGUCUUAUUGCAUUGAUGCUUAUUUUAUCCAGUCGUACCUCAAAUCCACGCCUAAAUUUUACUCAAGAAUAAUCUUCUAAAAUGGAAAACUAGGACCAAGGAUUACUGAAAAUAUCGAUGUUUAUUGAAUUUUAAAGAGAUGUCUGAUUCGUUGAUAUCUAUAAUGAAUUGAAACAUUCUGCUCCUGAACACUUUAACUAGUCGUAAUUAGGUUCUAGAAUGUUUUUGCCGUUUUGUUGAAUUGAUGUUUUCCGUAUUCGUCAAAAACUCAACAAUAAUUAGUAAAGAUCA